AUGGGUGGUUGCGUUGUAGGGGCUAAUAACUCUAUCACCACCCGUCACCUCACUCUGACACACAACCUACGCUUUUUUCACCACAUUCACGUUAGCCACGUCACCCUCUCUCUGCAACUUGCUCCUCUCCCAACCGUGCAGGGACACUUACCCACAAACACAGCACAGAGUCACCCCUUCAAUUUCACGAUUUUCCCAGCAAUACCACAAUCUCCAAUGACCAAUUUGCCCCGAGAUCUGUUAAGAAGCUUCAUGGGAGUGAACCAUCAUCAUAAUCACUCUGAUAAUCGUCACAAUUUGCCUGUGUCGGUGGUGAAGUUAGAGGAAGAAGAGGAGUUGGAGCUAAGUCUCGGGCUUUCGAUGAACGGUCGCUUUGGGGUGGACCCCACCGCGAAGAAGAUAAAGAGAACGACGUCGAUUCCAGAGUUCGUAAGGGACGAGGAGAUGGGGUACGCUGCUGCGGGGUGCACGGGGCCUCUUGUGAGGACGUGCUCCCUGCCGACGGAGACGGAGGAGGAGUGGAGGAAGAGGAAGGAAUUGCAGACUCUGCGCCGCAUGGAGGCAAGGAGGAAGCGCUCCGAGAAGCAGAGGAAUUUGAAGGCUACGAGAGAACAACAACAACAACAACAAAGGGUUGGGUCUGAAGGUAAUAAUAACACUGCGGAACAAGGUGCAGGGGCUUACGUUGAGGGUGCACCCUUGGGGAGAACCGUGUCGUUGACCACACGCGUUUGUGGACUCGGUUUGAAUGGGGACAGUGAGAAAGAAAAGAAGGAGAAGAGUGGCGUAGUGCUGGCUCCUCCAUCACCUUCGCAGGGAUCCAUUGGUUCUUCGGCAACCUCAGAAGCUGAGUCUCAACAAGGUCAACCAGGAGCGAUAGAUGUUAGAAGUCCUACUAGUACCAAUUUGUUACCAGACCAAGCAAAUGUGGUAGGGAACACAGUCAAGAAUGCUGCAGCUAUAAGAAAUCAAUCUAAUAAACAUUUAUCACCACAUAACAGAACCAAAGACAUUGUGAAGAACUUGUUGGAAGACAUGCCAUGUGUAUCGACAAAAGGUGAUGGUCCCAAUGGAAAGAGAGUAGAAGGUUUUCUUUAUCGGUAUGGAAAAGGUGAGGAAGUGAGGAUAGUGUGUGUUUGUCAUGGCAGUUUUCUCACCCCUUCAGAAUUUGUUAAGCAUGCAGGUGGCGGUGAUGUGGCAAACCCAUUGAAGCAUAUUGUUGUUAGUCCGAACUUCUUGUGA